CGAUUUUAUAGUCCAUAUCCCUCUGCCUGAUUAUUCUCCCACGUAUCCACACAGUUCUCUACCAAGAACAAAAGAGCUGACCAGUCAUAGUUUAUGGCCAUUACCAACUGCUGCUCGCCUGGACACAACUUUGUUAGCACCAGCUGGCUGUAUGGAGGAACCUACAACCAGUUUCGCGUCUACAUGAAGAAAUUCAAUAUCAAUGUUAAAUGGGUGCAUGGCAACGACCCAGCCGACAUUGACAAAGCAAUUGACGAGAACACUCGGGCUGUAUACAUCGAAACAAUAUCUAAUCCCAAACACAGCGUGCCGGAUAUUGCAGCCAUCGCCGCCGUUGCACACAAACAUGGUAUACCAUUGAUUGUGGAUAACACGUUCGGCAUGGGCGGCUACCUGUCCCGACCGCUUGUAUUGGGAGCCGACAUUGUGACCCAUAGCUGCACUAAAUGGAUCGGCGGACAUGGAACAAGUAUGGGUGGUAUUGUCAUUGAUGGCGGUCACUUUGACUGGUCUGCAUCUGGCAAAUUCCCCAGUUUCACUGAGCCCGCAGAUGGUUACCACGGCAUGCGCUUUUGGGAAACAUAUGGCUACAAAGCCUUGGCUGCCAAGCUGCGAAUGGACAGCAUGCGCGAUCUGGGUCCAUGUAUGAGCCCAUUUAAUGCAUGGCUGUUCCUGCAGGGGUUGGAGACUCUCAGCCUGCGUGGGAAACGCCAUUGCGAAACCACAUUGGCUUUGGCGGAGUGGCUCGAAAGUCAUCCCUCGGUCAACUGGGUACUUUACCCCGGGCUGAAGUCACAUCCAGACUACGAGCUCGUCCAGAAAGUCAUGCCAAACGGUGGUGGAGGCGUCCUUACUUUCGGCGUGGCUGGAACGAUCGACGAAGUCCGCGCAGUUGUCAAUAAUCUGAAAUUGUGCAGUCACUUGGCUAACGUCGGCGAUGCCAAAACGCUCAUCAUCCACCCAUGGGUCACGACUCACCAGCAGCUGCCCGACGAGGAAAAGAUCAAGGGUGGAGUCACUCCAGAUUUGAUCCGUGUUAGCGUCGGUCUCGAGGACUUUGAAGAUAUCAAGCAUGACUUUGAGCAAGCAUUUGUUGCGGCGGGACUGAAGCCAGCUGCUAAGCUGAAUGGUGAUCCUUUUGACAAGGCUAUGGCUUUGUACAAGGAUGGAUUUAUGAAGGAUCUAGGCACUGCGGCGCCCAAGCCGGUUGUCGCUUGAAGAUCUUAGACUUUUCUUUUCUUUUCUUUUCUUUUUUCUUUUUUUUAUUUUUUUUUUCUAACGCAGUAAUGCGAUUGUCUGAUUUUGUCUUCUAGUAUACUACAAUGUCCAUAUCCAUAACGUGUCUGCUCACGAGAUUCUGGAAAUUUUAGUUAAGCAAACAAUAUGUUAUUUCCUAAGUCCAAGAUAUGGGGUUAUUCUUUUGAGGUUAAACAUGAUAUUCCAAUGUUCUACCCGGUAGAUCAUGUCAUCUGUGCGUUUCCUAAUUUUGACAAUAGAUAGAGGGAAAAAUAUUCAGCGAGUAUGAUCCCAUUUGUACAAGUCCUGG